UUGGGGCUACUGAGUUCCAGCUGUGUAUAAAAAGGCUUCCAUCUCUCAGUAUUAUACACACACCUCAGGCUUCCAGACGCAAUGGCAGCUCAAUUUGCAGCAGCGCUCGUCACUACUGGCCUUCUUGCUCUCUUAACUCUUGCGAGCGGCAACACCGAAGGUGACAUCCUUUACGCCCAAAGGCAGGUAUGGAAGGACCCCAACAAUGUGCUUCAGAGCUGGGAUCCAACCCUUGUCAACCCCUGCACUUGGUUCCAUGUCACCUGCAACAACAUAAAUUCCGUCAUCCGAGUGGAUUUGGGGAACGCAGGCAUCUCAGGCAGCCUGAUCCCUGAGCUGGGAGGACUGAAGAACCUUCAGUACCUCGAGCUGUAUGACAAUAGGAUGGCCGGAUCAAUCCCAGCAAACUUGGGCAACCUGACAAGCCUAAUCAGCCUUGAUCUCUACAACAACCUUCUCAGCGGCGUAAUACCGACCUCGCUCGGGGCCGUCGGGAGUCUGCGUUAUCUGAGGCUGUUUGGCAAUAACCUGACAGGAAGUAUACCGGCGUCGUUGGGCAGUCUGACCAAGCUUGUCCACUUGGAGCUUCAGAAGAAUGCCCUGAGCGGCUCCGUCCCGGCUUCCUUGGGAAACAUCAAAACAUUGCAGUUCUUGAGGCUGAACGCGAAUAUGCUGACCGGCACGCUACCGCUGGAGGUCCUCUCUCUUGUUCUUGUCGGGAACUUGACUGAACUAUUUACCUUGACGCAGAAAUGUUGCAAAGAAUAAUCUGGCUGGCACUGUUGGAUCAUCUGGGCCGAGAGUGACUGCGGUCAUCCAGGACGCGCUCAACACUGCAAGCUGAGCACGCGGACCGGGACUUCCUGGAAAGCUGAAUGGUUUUGCUCUUUAAACUACUCCCUCCCUUCCAAAAUAAAUGCCGUGGAUUUGUAUAUAUUUUUAUGCAAAUCCACGCCACUUAUUUUCGGACAGGCGGAAUAGAUAGCAGUUGCGGCGGUCUUGACUUUUGUUGUUGCAUUAUCUUUCAUAGUGGAAUCCGGAGGUUACCUCCGGUCCCAAAGAAAGAAAUCGAAUGAAUUUGUAAACUUUGAAAUAAUAAAAUUUAAUGUGCACUUUUAUGACA